AUGACCCUAAGCCAAUAUGAAUAGGUGCUUUAUGUCACUGGCUACUCUACAAAUGGAAUAUGCUAUCAAGGCAAUACAGAUGCUUAUCGAACUUUUAUUGCUAAGUAUUCUACUAAUCAUAUUGUUGGAAUGAACAUAAUACAAAUAAAAGAAUUUCCUAAUUAAAAGAUUGGAACUUAACAGUAUUACUUUAAAAGAAUUGGAAUUGACUCAAAUGGCUAUUUAGUAAUAUUUGGAGACGCAUACUUCGAUAAUUAAAUAGUUAGACAUACAAGCAAUAACUAAGAUGCAUAUUCGAUAAUGGGAUUCAAAGGAGAUUAAUUUAUUUCGGAUAGUGAUUGUUACUCAGACAUCUCUUCUUCAUUUUCAAAUGCUGCUCUAACAAUUAAUUCCUUGAAUUGGUAAUAACAAAGUUAUUCUGUAGAAUUGCAUUCUUCCAUAAUGACAAAAGAUGUUUUUACAGCAAUGACAUUUUCAAAUGUACUUUCUACUACCUAUAUCCAAUAUGGCUUUUGUAAUUCAGAGUUUUCAACACCAUCAAUGUCAAGCUAAAGACUAUUAAAAGGUGAAUCUAUUUAGAAAUACUGGAACACUGAAACUUCAAAUAUUAAUGAUGGAUUAUGUAAAUAAUCCCAGCGUCUAGCAUGGGAUACUGCUUUAUUGCUAAAUGAAAAUUCUCUUGUCUCAAGUUUAAAUGGCAUAAACUUUGACAAUGCAAAUUAAAAAUUUACAGGAACAAGCAGCGUCUCAGGAACAUAUGAACUUCUGCUUUUGUCAUCAUUGAUUAAUGGCCAGUAUGCCUCUUAAACCUUUGCUCUAACUAUUUAUGAAGAAAUGCCUUAAGCAAUUUAAAAUAUAUCGGAUUAGACUAUUAUAGUUGGAUACUUUUGGAAAUAUUAACUAAACAUUACAAAUCUAACUAGCUAUAGUUAACCAUUGAAACUUAUGUACAAUGCAUUGAAAGGAGAUGGUAAUAGCUUUGAUGACUGGCUUAAUUUCUUUCCUGAGAAUUAGACUUUCCUUGGUAUUCCACUUAAGGUACACACAUAGGAUAUAACAGUAAUAAUCUCAAAUGAGUACAGAGAAUAGACAAUCCUAUAGUUUAAAGUAAAUGUAAUAAGCAAUGGUCUCAGAUAAAUUAAUUAACAAAAGGAUUUUUGUGGAUAUAAAGGUACAAAUCUUACUAAUACAGUUAUAGAGCUUGAAUAAUUAUUUGAGAGUAUAGAUAAUCAUUCUAUUUAAAUGUCAGCUUAAUCUUCAAAAACACCUAGCAUUAUUCGAUUUGAUGAGUCAACAUAAACUAUAUAAUUUAAUUCUUAACCAACAUCAUUCCCUUACUUUACCUCAAUCACAUUAAAAGGUAAAACUCACUUUGAUGAGAGUAUCUAAACUCAAUUUGAUGUUACUAUUCUAGAGUUCUUAUUACAAAUAGAUAAUAUCUUGCCAAAAUGUUAAUAACAGCAAACUUAUCUCUAUCUAGAUAAUGAGUCUGAAGGGGUUUAUAGCCUUAACUUUAAGUAAUGUUUCAAGCCAUUUGGAAUUACUCAAAUCAAAGAUCUCUAAUUUGAUUUAAUACUAACUAAUGGAGAAAAAGUUGAAGAAAAUGUGUUUUAAUUGGAUUAGUAGUAAUGCGAACUAUAUAUAAAUGCUUAUGCAAGAUUCUAGGGUAAAUAUUAUCUUAGAAUACUAGCUACUGAUUUUUGUGGCACUAUAGUCUAUUUGGAUUUAACAGUAAUUAUCAAUACUAAACCUAAAGCACAAUCCCCAAUAUAUCCUGCUUAAUAAGCAUAAAACUUUGCAAAUUUCUACUUUUAGAUAAAAGAUGAUUGGUUUACAGAUAAUGAUCCUUUUGAUAAUGAGCUAAAAUACUCAGUAUAAUUUAAUUUAGGCUCAGAUCAAUGGCUUAGUUUCAAUCCUGGAAAGAUCUCAUAUCUUUAUGGGAAGCCCUUUGCUGAAAUCAAUAACUAAUCAGUAACGAUAAGAGCGACAGAUAGUUACGGGCUCUGGGCUGAAUCUGUGCUGCCUAUUCACUUCAUUUUGAAUCGACCACCAGUUGUAUCAAACUUUACUUCUCUCUUCUAUACCUACUUGGCUGGUUAGUAAAUGCAGAUAAAAUUAAACCCAUAAUUUUCAGAUGAAAAUUACGAUUCCUUGAUAUAUGGACUUCGCUUUAACAAUAAAUACGAUCUCCCUGAAUGGAUAAAAUUCAAUCCCUUAUCUGCUACAAUUAGUGGUGUUGCUCCUAAAGUCAAGCAAAGUACUAAUUUCACAUUCACAUUAUAUGCAAAUGAUAAGGCAGAGACAUUCGCAUCUAAGGAUAUCAAGAUUUUAGUACUGAGGAAUAAUCCACCAGUUAUUAAUAAACAGCUUAAGCAGAUCGAGUUCUAUACUAAUAAGUAUAAUCUAUACUAAUUUGAGAGUGACUUAUUUAUAGAUAUGGAUGAUAAUGACACUAUAAAAUACGAACUCGUUUAAAAUUCAUAGGAUUUAUCUUAGAAUUUUACAAUUUAAAAUCUGAUAUUUUACUCUGGAAACAGAACAUUAAUUUACAACCCUGAUUAACAAGUAGCCUAAGAUAUUGUCAUUAAACUAGUAAUAAAAGCUAUUGAUAUAUUGAAUUAAGAAGCGUAAAUUGAAUUUGAACUGAUAAUAAUUAGUGUAGAGGGUUAUGGAUCCGAGAUUAAUAUGAUAAUAGGUGGAAGUAUAUUGAUCAUUACUGCUUUUGGCAUGUUUAUUGGUGUCAUUUUUAUGAAUUAAAAAUUAUUCAACAAAAUUAACAAAGAAGAGCUUGAUUUAUUCCAUAAAUUCCUCUAAGAAACUGACUAGCAAACUCUAACUUAGAUUCAAGCUAAGAAAGCUCAUAUGGAUUGA